AUGGAUUUUGAAGAGUUUUGUGCAGCUUCCAUCAAUGUUCAUCAGCAUGAGUCACUUGAUUGUUGGGAGCAGAGUGUUCGCCAUGCUUAUGAGCUCUUUAAGAUGAAUGGAAACAGAGUUAUCGUCAUCAAAGAACUCGCUUCGGAUCAUCGAUCCCAGUCCAUACCAUUCUACAUGACUGGAUUAGAUACACUGAUGGGAAGCUAA